AUGGAACGCUGGCUCUUCGCCGCGCUCUGUGUUUUCUCGUCCGCGGUGUUGGUCUACCUCCCUGUGCUUCGGUAUCCUCUACUCUACGACGACGUAGCUGCCGUUGAACGGAACCCAGAUGUUUUCGCCCCGUUUUCCUUGCGUUCUCUGUUGACGAAUGACUUCUGGGGAACCCCUCUCACGGCCAACUUCAGCCACAAGAGCUACAGACCGCUGACCGUUUUGACGUUUCGACUCACCGGUGAUGUGUACCGACAACGGAUUCUCAAUAUCGCUCUUCAUGUCCUGAACAGCCUGCUCUUAGGUGUUUUGGUUCAGCGAUACCUCGGACCCCGCAACGGGAAACUAUGCGCGGGUCUUUUCUGUAUUCAUCCCAUUCACGUUGAAGCUGUAGUGCAAUUGGUCGGCAGAGCGGAACUGCUGUGUGCGAGCUUCUUCCUCAGCUGUCUUCUGAGUCCGUCGUACCCGUCAGCGUGUGUUCUCGCCGUAUUGGCGACUCUGUGCAAAGAACAGGGGCUCACAGCUCUGGUGGUGAAGGUUUCUCUGGACUUGGCCCAACGUCUCAACAAACGGAACCGCCACGGUCGAAUCCCAUGGAGGGAGAUCCUCUUAUCUACGAUGGUGACAAUAGCUCUCCUAGGGGCGAGAUUGACUAUCUCGGGGCAGGCGCCGACGUUCCAUAAACUCGACAACCCCGUGCGGCUCCUGGACUCGCCCUUCCGACAGAUCAAUCUCGCUUAUCUGCCGGUAUUUAAUUUUCAUCUUCUGCUCUAUCCCCUCAGACAGAGCUGCGACUACACCUUCAACUCUCUGCCCCUUAUCCGAAAGUAUUCGGAUGUGAGGGUGCUUCAAGUUGGAGUGUUCGUUCUGUCGGGCCUUGUGGCCGCUGCUACGCUUCUGGUGAAGAUCUUCAAGAAAACAGCCGAAGAUGAAAAGUUGAACAACAACUACAUCGCGCCAAAAUACGAUGAAGGAACUCGCACAUCGAAUUCCAUCGCAAUCUCGGCUCUGGUCAUGACUAUCGUCCCAUGGUUGCCCGGUUCAAAUAUUCUGUUCUACGUCGGAUUCGUGGUCGCAGAGCGAGUUCUGUAUCUGCCCUCGAUGGGGGUGUGUUUUCUCGUAGUUUUGGGACUUUCCAAGCUCUCCGAGCAUCUGCCCAAGCAGAAGACGGUACUCCGAGGCGCCUUGGUGGUCCUAUGCGUUUGUCUGCUAAUGAAGAGCUCGAUCCGCGGUCGACAAUGGCAAUCGGGGACGAAGCUCUUCACGUCAGCCGUCCGCGUGUUUCCCGAAAACAUCAAAAUGUGGAACAGUUUGGGCAAGGCCUACGAGACCGAAGGAAACUUCCACCUCGCUCUCAGCUGCUUCGACCGAUCGGCAUCGAUAUACGACGAUCUGAGGUCAAAGUGGUACAAAGCGAAGCUGUUGGCGAAACUUGACAAAAACGAGAUAGCGAAAGCCAUAUACCAAAAAGAAUACCCUUCAGUGAUAAGCAGAUCUCGCGAAUCGAAUGGAUCUCACAUUCGAAAAGAAGAGAUCCUCUUCGUCGUAGAUUAUGUCCGACUUCUGAUAGAAGACGACGCUUUGCGAGAAGCCCGAACGGUCGUUGAGGACAUGCUCGCUAUAUUCCCACGGGUUGCCGAGCUGAACGUUGCCGCCGGUGAGCUGUUUUACAAUCUGAAUGAGAAGAUCAUGGCCGAAGAAAGCUAUCGCAGAGCACUUGAGGCCGCUCCGCGAACAGCUGACGUUUACUACAAUCUUGGAGUGUUGCUCAUGGAGCGCGGAGCCACAGAUAAAGCUGCGGACAUGUUCCGCAAGUGUGUUGAGAUAAAUCCUCAACACGAACCUUCUCGAGUCAAUCUCAAUGUUCUCCGCACGAACACCGAGGAUUCCGAAAUGAUGCGAUUGAGCAGGGACGCGAUGGACGCGCUCCGAGAAGGAGCGUACUCUGCAGCGGAGUCACUCCUGCACCGAGUUCUGUCUCGGAAUCCGCAUCAUCCGUCGGCUCUCUACAAUCUCGCCCUGCUCCAAACCCAAGUAGGGAAACCGCCGGCUGUAUCGUUGAGCUUCAUCGACCGUUUAUUGAGUGUCAGGCCAUCCCACUCGAAAGGUCUUCUUCUGAAAGCGAACAUCGUUCAUCGGCAACUCCGCGAUUUGGAUGCGGCCGUCGAGCUGUACGCGAAAGCCUACUCUGUUGAUCACAAUCUCGAGUCAGCCUUGGAAGCACUCUGUGACCUUUCGCCUUCAAAAGCCUUCCAGUUAGGCGGAAGCUGCCACCGGGAUGUGGAAAUCGAAACUGACGCCUCCGAGAGAACUCAAGCGCACGACAUUCCGUUUUUCGAUCGGAGGCAAAUCGAUCUAUGACAUUCCGCGCGUACGACCAUGUACAUAUUUCCAGCUCUUUCUUGUAGAAAUUCGAGAGCUUAGACCGAGUUGAGAAUCAAAUCAUCGAGAGAACUCAUGAGAAGAUUUCGGACUGACGCUUCCCGAGUCGUCACGUAAACUUUACACCGGGAAGCCAAGAGGAGGGCAGUGGGCCUGCGAAGAAAUCGGAAUCAUAGCGAGCCUCCUCCUCGGCGCGACGGGA